ACUACAGUCUCUGUCAUCGCAAAUUCCACUUCUAUGGCGUCAUCUUCACCGUCCUGGCUCCUAAUAGCUCCGUUCAUCUACUUCACAAUUCCAAUCACUACGGAAGCUCAAGCUCCUCAAGCUAUGGCCACCACUCUCCUCUGCCUCUCCCUCUUGCUCCUCGCCUUUUCUUCUGCUGAGUCGCAAUCCUUCAUCGGCGUGAAUUAUGGCCAGGUAGCCGACAAUCUUCCUCCACCGGAGGCGACGGCGAAGCUACUCCAGACUACCACCAUUGGCAAAGUCCGGCUCUACGGUGCCGAUCCUGCGAUCAUCAAAGCCCUCGCAAACUCUGGAAUCGGAAUCGUCCUCGGCGCCGGCAACGGCGACAUUCCUAGCCUCGCCUCCGAUCCUAACUCGGCGGCUCAAUGGGUCAAGACCAACGUACAGCCCUUCUACCCAUCCAGCAACAUCACUCUGAUCAGCGUCGGCAACGAGGUCAUGACCUCCGGCGACCAGGGUUUGAUCUCGCAGCUCCUUCCGGCAAUGCAAAAUAUCCAAAACGCCCUCAACUCGGCCGGGCUCGGCGGCGGCAAGAUCAAAGUAUCGACGGUACAUUCGAUGGCGGUGUUGACUCAAUCGGAUCCACCCUCUUCCGGGGCGUUCAACCCGGCUCUCCGAGACACAUUGAAGCAGAUGCUGGCGUUUCACAGGGACAAUAAAUCGCCCUUAACGAUCAAUCCGUACCCGUUUUUCGCGUACCAGAGCGACCCGAGACCGGAAACGCUGGCGUUUUGCCUGUUCCAACCGAACUCGGGUCGGGUUGACUCGGGUAAUGGAAAGCGUUACACCAAUAUGUUUGAUGCCCAGGUUGAUGCUAUACAUUCUGCACUGAGUGGUUUGGGAUUUGAGGAUGUAGAGAUAAUGGUGGCGGAGACAGGGUGGCCGUCGCGCGGUGAUAGCAACGAGGUGGGGCCAAGUGUGGAGAAUGCUAAAGCCUAUAAUGGCAACCUCAUUGCUCACCUGAGAUCAUUGGUUGGGACCCCAUUGAUGCCUGGAAAAUCAGUGGACACUUUCAUUUUCGCACUCUAUGAUGAAGACCUCAAGCCUGGUCCUACUUCAGAACGCUCCUUUGGCCUUUUCAGAACUGAUCUUACCAUGACCUAUGAUGUUUCCCUUACCAAGACCAGCCAGCAGACUCCGACUAAUCCUAAGGCUCCGGUUACGCCGGCACCUACAAAAGCAUCGGGAUGGUGCGUGCCGAAAGCUGGCGUCUCAGAUGCUCAGCUGCAGGCCAGCUUGGACUAUGCGUGCGGCCAUGGGAUAGAUUGUGGACCAAUUCAACCAGGAGGGGCUUGUUUUGAGCCAAACACAGUAGCUUCUCAUGCUACUUAUGCCAUGAAUCUGUAUUACCAAACACAAGGCAAAAAUCCUUGGAACUGUGAUUUCUCUCAGACAGCAACGCUCACAUCCCAAAACCCUAGUUACAAUGCUUGCACUUACCCUGGCGGGAGUACUUGAGAACACUAAAGCUUGAUGUUGUUGAUUAGAUUGCAUUUUGAAUGAGUUAAGGAAUAAAGGGAUGUCGCUUUGCCCUAUUCUGUUUGUGUUCAGUAUUAUAUCAGUUAAUUGUAAAGGGUUUCCAUUUCCAAACUUGGGCUUGUCUAUUUAAUAUUGAAUGUAACGUUUUUAGGUCGUGUGUGUGGAAAAUGGAAUUAUGUUGGGGGCGAGGAAAAUGUAAUGGGAGGCCCCGGUCUUGUUUUUGUCAUGCAUAAAAAUCUUUCUUGUUUGUUUUUUGGAGUGAAAAUCAAACUACAAAUAGUUAGAUACUAA